GUUUAUGACUUCUCAGGGAAAGGACACACCGACAGACAGUUGCUUCUGUAAAGACUGUCUGAGCACCUGGUGGAAGGCGAAACCACUGCGUGAGUGUCCAGUUUGUAAGAGACGAUCCUCAAUGGUGAACCCACCUGUUAGCCUGGUGUUGAAGAACCUGUGUGAGGCCUUCGUACAGGAGCAAGACCGGAGAGCAUUGGAGAUCCUCUGUAGUGUGCACUCUGAGAAACUCAAACUCUUCUGCCUGGACCAUCAGCAGCCGACUUGUCUCGUCUGCAGGGACUCGGAGAAACACACCAACCACAAAUUCAGCCCCGUUGACGAAGCUGCGCCAAAGCACAAGGAGAAACUCCGGGCCACACUGAAACCCUUAAAGAAGAAUUUAAAUGUUCUCGAACGGGUUCAAGGAAAGUUAAGCAAAACAGCUGAACACAUUAACGUCCAAGCCCGACAAACUGAGACUCAAAUGAAGGAGCAGUUUCAGAAGCUUCACAAGUUUCUAGAAGAAGAAGAGCAAGCCAGGAUGGCUGCUUUGAAACAGGAAGAGGAGCAGAAGAUGCAGAUGAUAACGGUAAAGAUGGACGCUCUGGGCGUAAAGAUAGCCGCUCUUUCAGACACAAUCAGAACCACAGAGAAGGAGCUGAGAGCUGAAGAUGUGUCCUUUCUGCAGAACUACAAGGCAACAGUGGAAAGUAUCCAGCGGCAGCACCCCCUACUGGAGGAACCACAGCUGGGCCCGGGAGCUCUCAUAGAUAAGGCCAAACACUUGGGCAACCUGACCUUCAACAUCUGGAACAAGAUGAAGGAGAUGGUCUCCUACACGCCGGUGAUUCUGGACCCAAACACAACAAAUCUAGAACUCAUCGUGUCUGAUGAUAUGACCAAUGCGAGAGGAGGGGAGAAGCAGAAUCUUCCCGAUAAUCCGGAGAGGUUUGACGAUUAUUACAUCGUCCAAGGCUCUGAGAGCUUUAACUCGGGGACUCACACAUGGGACGUUGAAGUUGGCGACAAUACAUUCUGGUCAAUAGGUGUGUUAGCGGAGUCAUACCAGAGAAAGGGACCCACACAGACUGGAUUAUGGGAAAUGCGGUUCCAUAAAGGGGAAUACUCGGCACGGGCACUACCAGCUGCAGCCACUGAUCUGGGGUUGCAGAGGAAGCUGAAGAGAAUCAGAAUGAGUCUGGACUGGAGCAGAGGAAAGCUGACCUUCACUGAUCCUGACACUAACACACUCUUACACACCCUCAAACACACCUUCACUGAGAGGCUGUUUCCAUACAUUAGCACAGUGGAUAAAGUACCGCUGAAGAUUUUACCACUGAAGGUCUGUGUGAGCAAACAAGUGUGAGAGUUUUUAGUUUGAAGGCGGUGAUAAUAGUAGUAAAAAGCUCUUUAUUUCUUUUUUAUUUAAUAUGUGUCCAACUAUUGAUGUGAAAACACAUGUUUGAGCACAUAUCUUAAACGACAGUAAAUAAAUAACUUCAUCAAUCUCGUUUGACUGUAAGAUAUCUGCAGCAGCAAAAAGAAUAUAACUACAAGUCCAACUACUGAAGCUAUCUGAAGAUAUCUGAGUUUAUGUUAAAAUGAGAAUAAAAUCAGGACUCAAAUAUGUUUUUUUACAUGUGGACCUAAUUAUCUUCCGCUAGUAAAGUAAAAAUAAGAAGUGGAUGAAAACAGUAUAUAAAUAAGCAGUCACCUAAAGAAAUGUUCACUACAUUAUUUGUAUGGCCAAAAUAAUUCAUGAUAGCAAUAUAGAACAUUUUGGCCUUUGGGAGGAAGACAAAAAAAUAUUGGAAAUGAUUUAUGAAGAACUGCAUUAUUUACACGAUGUUAUAAUGUGCAUCUUUGUUUGAAUUUUUCAAAGAUCACAGUUAUUGUCAAUACAGGUAUGUGGCCCUUUGAAAUAUUGAUGUUUAGAUAAACCGAGAAUACAAUUCUUGUUCAGUACUUCCUGUAAAUCGAUUUAAUUUGUUUUAACUGUCUAUAAUUUGAACAGUCAUCUGCAUUUAAUCUUCCAGACAGUUUUACUGACUAACUUAAAUAAACGUUGGAUUUAU